AGAAAAGCGCAGCUGACAGUUUGCGGCUGCAAAGAUUCCGUAAAACCAGCGAAGAAGAAACAGAACUAACCGGUUUCUGACCCGCCAUCAAUCCGACGAGAUCAUGUCAGGCGUUUCUUAGCUAGACGAAAACAGUGUGAAUUAUUAAACAAAGAAGGCUCGGGCCGUGUUCUCUAAAAAGCGAGCCAUGGCAGCUGCACAGUCUGUCCUGAUGUUUGCAGUGUGCAUCCUCGUGAUAACGGAGCUCAUCCUCGCCAAGAAGGACUACUAUGACAUACUGGGAGUGCCCAGAGGCGCAACAGACCGCCACAUAAAGAAGGCUUUCCACAAGCUCGCUAUGAAGUUUCACCCAGAUAAAAACAAGAGUCCAGAUGCUGAACUGAGAUUUAGAGAAAUUGCUGAAG